UUGAAAACCACGUGCUAGUUCUAGAAUUCUCUGUGUUAGGUUCUCAAUUUUCUCGACUUUUGAGUGUGUUAUCAUGCCUCGCGCUAACAAAUUGCCGAAAUAUGCCCUUUUUGAUUUUAAUGAUGGGUCUGUGGAAACAGGGACAAGUAGUCUGAUUGACGUGGAGUGUGAUGGUGAUGAAACAUCAGACAGAAAUUUCCCGUAUGAUGUGUCUCAUUUUGUUUUCUGGCCGCAUCGGCCAUCCAAAAAUGCUGAAGAAGAAGAAAUAGUGAAACUAAAGCAAUGUGCCAAAAUUCUUCUUUUUGGUAAUGACUUGAUUCUACUAAAACACUAUCGUGAUCAGCUCGCCGAUGAAAUUCUGCCAGUUGCAAGUUUUGGGAAGAUCAGAGAAAAAAUCUGGGAGAAAACUGACAAACCUGACGAGAAAAUUAAUGGCCAGAUUCAGAUAGCCCUAGGUAGUGGGGAACGCCAGUCUAAGAGAUUAAAGGAAAAAAAGUAUAUGAGUGAAGAAACCAGAGACACAAGUAAACCAAAAACAGCAAAGCAAUCUGUGGUGAGAAAAACAGGCGUGAAAAAGAAGCAUGACAUCCAAAAAAGCGAAGACAUCUUGAAAAAAAUUACGGAGCAGAAGGCUCUUUUUGACAAUUUUGAUGAGAAGCCUAGCGACCACACAUUCCAAGAGCCAGUCAAAAGAAAGAGAACUAGUGAAUGUUCGGGAGACUCGACAGCCACAACGCUAUUAGAAACUGAUGGUGUCCGUUCAGCAGGCAGGGCUGGCAGCGAAGUAAACAAAUUCAUUUCGUCUCCAAAAACUCGAAAAUUGUCAUCGUCUUCUGUAUUUUCGCCUGCGACGAGUGACGAAGAAAGCUCUGAUGGCCCUGAAAAGAAAUCCAUUUCAAAUGCUGAUUUAUCGACAUCAGCGUUUGAGGUUGGAGGUUGGAGGUUGAGGUUGGAGGCCUUGAAAGCCGAAAUGAUUCAAAAGUCCUGUGACGACAUACAGUCCCUGAAAGACAAGGUGCGAUAUCUACAAGAGGAAAACGACAACCUUAAAUGCAAGCUGAAGUUCUGCGAAGAGUUCACCAACGUCAGGACAUGGAUUGACCAACUCAUCGCAAAACAAAAGGCGAAUAAGCAGCUGUCGUCGUCAUCCGAGUCGUCAUCUGACGUUAUUGCCACUGUCAGCAAAAUCGAUGAGCCCCCUCGCAACUGCAGUGAGGCUGAGGCGGCUAAGUUGGAAUCUAAAAUCGACUUGGAAAACCCAUUGUUUAUCGAGGCUCAAUUUCCAAUAACCGAAAAGGUUAUUGAUAGUAUCCCCUUAAAAAUAAAAAAUCCGACAAACGCUUUGUCGCUGCUCUUUUACGUCUUAUGUAUCCGGAAGAAUAUCUUGCAACACACACUAUGGGUGCCAACAUCACUGGUAAACCAUCAAUGGAUGAAAAGGAACUAACACAAAUAAUUGACCAAACUCUUAUCUACUUUAACUACAUCAAACUUCCCAAAAAUGAAAAGGACGAAAAGAUUUCCGUUAUUAGAAAAGCCAUCACCACAACUCUGAAUAACAUCAAACAGAAGAAUAGAAAAAAAUAGGUGACAUUAAAACUUAAUUCGAGUUAUGUAUGUGCCCCUUAAAAUACAAGUGAUUUCACUCAAACUUCAUUCCCCAUUUAUUAUACAAUUAAUCGUAUAAGUAUGAAUUAAAUGCGAACAACUAUAGAUAUUAAUUGCGU